AUGCGCGAGGCAUUUGACCACGAGGAGGAGGAUGCAGACGGUCUUAUAGCCUUCCUGCUAUCAAACCAUCGAGGAAACCGCUUAAACGAUCGAAACACGACUGCGACUGAUGAGCGAGAGACUCCCUCUCAGCUUCGAAAACGUCCGGCUGAAGAAGAGCUCGAAACAGGACCUUCGAGACGAGCACGUUCCAAUGAAAACGACAGCGAAGCUGAUAUCAUGACAUCGCCAGUGCAGAGAGGCGGUGGUCAAAAUGAAGAAGUGACUUCUGAAGAACGAGCAACGCAACUCCGUAAUAUCGAGGAAGUAACUGAUGAGGAUGAGAAUGAAGAGGAAGUCGUCGGUGAAGAACGCUGUAAUCCCUCGUCGGAGACAGAAGAUGGUGAAGAGGAGCCGGAGGUGGAAGAGGAGCAACAACGUCAUGAGAUCGGCGAUAUUAAUUUGCAGAGAGGCGGUGGUGGACAAAGUGAAGAAGUGACUCCUGAAGAACGAGCAACGCAGCUCUGUAAUAACGAGGAAGUAGCUUAUGAGGAUGAGAAUGAAGAGGAAGUCGUCGGUGAAGAACGCUGUAAUCCCUCGUCGGAGACAGAAGAUGGUGAAGAGGAGCCGGAGGUGGAAGAGGAGCAACAACGUCAUGGGCCUGAGAAUCAUUUGUGCUACAUGCAACCUCUUCGAUGUGAUAAUGGUUCCUCUACCAAACCGUCGUCUUCAUCAUCGGCAAUGGCUACAGCGAUGACAAUUAUGCGAAGCACAGAAGAAAACACAGAAUUUGACGGUAAAGUGACAAACGAGCGUGCAUGCACAAGCAAGAAAGAGCGUAUAGCAUUCGUAUUUUACGAUUUUGAAACGCGACAAGACGAGUCACUCGAAGAGUUCGUAUUUCGACAUGAUCCUGUGAAACAAUUUGUCGAUUUUGCAACGCGUACGACAAAAUACUUCAAGCAGAUCAUUUGCAUGGCACAUAAUGCGAAAGCGUUUGACGCGCAAUUUAUUUUAAAGUAUAUUGUUGAAAAUCGUAAUAACUUAGAACCUAAAUUAAUAUUAAACGGUACAAAGAUUGUGGUGUUAACAGUAGGACAUACGAAAUUCAUCGACAAUGUUAAUUAUAUGCUGAUGCGCUUAUCCGAGUUACCGAAGGCUUUCGGAUUACAGGAUACGUCGGAUAAAGGCAUUUUUCCGCAUUUGUUUAACACUGUCGAAAAUCAGUCGUAUGUCGGCCCCUUGCCUGACGUGCAUUAUUAUUCUCCGGAGACAAUGAAAUCGGAAGAGCGCAAACGCUUUCUUGUAUGGCAUGCUGAUAUGUGACAAAAAAACACCGUGUUCGAUUUCCAACGUGAGAUCAUUCGCUAUUGUCGUACCGACGUUGAUAUUCUUCGACAAGCAUGUAUGGCGUUCAGAAAAAUUUUUAUUGAUCGUGGAAAUGUAUGUCCGUUCGAGGAAUGCACGACAAUUGCUUCGACGUGCAUGACUGUUUUUCGGAAAAACUUUUUGCAACAAAAUACGAUAGGCGUCAUUCCAACUGGCGGAUACAGAAAAGCAACCAAUCAUUCCCGUAAAGCUCUGCAGUGGUUGAUAUGGAAGGAACGCGAGCUCGGACAUUCUAUAAACCACGCAGGGCGCGCGCGCGAAUAUCGUACAAUCGACGGCACGCUCGUCGAUGGAUAUUACGAAACGCCUGAUACAGAGACGCCUCAACGUCAUGUGCUACAAUUUCACGGAUGUUUUUGGCACGGAUGCCCGUCUUGCUUUCCUAUAAAUCGCGAUAGACUACUUUCUACAUCGGAUUGCAAGGAUACGAUUGACUCACGUUACGAGCGAACUCUCGCAAUCUCGUGGAGACUUCGGCAACGGAAAUACUUUGUGAUAGAAAAGUGGGAGUGCUCUUUCGAUCGCGAUAUGCGAGAUAAUCGCGAAAUGCGUGAAUUUCUCGAGAACCAUCCGAUGGUGGAAACGCCUCCGCUCGAUCCGCGCGAUGCAUUUUUCGGUGGCCGCACGGGGAAUAUUGUGACGCGCUAUGAGGUUACAGGUAUGGAAAAAAUACGAUACGUUGACGUAUGCUCCUUGUACCCAUAUGUUUUGAAAACAGGUGCUUUCCCUAUCGGUCAUCCUGAUAUUUAUGUCGGCGAGGAAUGUUCCGCAAUAAUCGGGAGGGCUCCGAAUUAUAAUUUUAAUACGCUCGAAGGUCUCAUACGAUGCAAAGUACUUCCACCGCGUGAUUUAUUUCAUCCUGUACUCCCAUAUCGCGCGCAGGGAAAAUUGCUUUUUGCAUUAUGUCGCAGUUGCUGUGAAACAUUGUCACAAUCGGCCUGUACGCAUAACAAUGCUAAGGAACGCGAAUUCGAGGGCACGUGGGUGUCCUGCGAAUUACGCAAGGCCGUCGAAAAGGGUUAUCACGUGACGGCUGUAAGUGAGAUUUGGCAAUAUAAAGUUAGUCAAUUCGAUCAUACGACCCGUCAAGGUGGAUUGUUCGCCGAGUAUAUAAAUACAUUUUUGCAACUUAAACAAGAAGCCAGCGGGUGGCCGAGCGAAUGCGGGGAAAACGACGACGAUGCUAAAGAAAGAUAUCUGCGGGAGUAUGAGAAAACCGAAGGUAUCGUUCUUGAUAAACGUAACGUCGCGCGGAAUCCCGGUUUACGUUCUGUCGCGAAACUGUGCUUAAAUUCUUUUUGGGGCAAAUUUGGUCAGCGCUCCAAUUUACCUAAUACCGAGGUCGUGAGAACGCCUCAACGUUUUAUAGCCUUGCUGACAAGUGCCGAGCAUGAAAUAACCGACAUAUUACCCGUAAACGAUGAGGUAAUAUAUGUUUCAUGGCGAUUGCGACAAGAAGCUGUUGUUUCCUCCCCGCUGACUAAUGUCGUGAUAGCGGCGUAUACGACGGCCCAAGCUCGUUUAACGUUAUAUUCUUAUUUAGAGCGAUUAGAUCGUCGCGUUUUGUAUUAUGAUACGGAUUCAUGUAUUUACGUGAGCAGCGAUGACCCGAACGAGUAUAAACCACGUACGGGAAAUUUUCUAGGCGAUAUGACCGAUGAACUCGAGAGCUACGGGAGCGGCAGCUAUAUCGAGGCGUUCGUGUCCGGUGGUCCGAAAUUUUAUGCAUAUGUUGUACGCGCAGCAGACGGUCGAACGCACGAGUCAUGUAAAGUUAAAGGCAUAACCCUAAAUUACGAAAAUUCGCGGCUAGUCAAUUUUAAUAGUAUUAGGAAUUUAUUGCUAAAUAAAGAGAGAGUACGAGAAAAGGAAGAGAACGAAGAAGAAUUGGCUGGAACUUCAAUAAAUCUACGUUUUAGAGCAAUUCGUCGCACCGCGUUUCAUGAGAUCAUAACACGGGACGAAACUAAAGUAUGCGAGCCUGUAUUACUAAAACGUAGGUUUAUUGAUAGUCAUUGUUCGUUGCCAUAUGGAUAUAUAAUAGAACGUUAAUUUUUCUCGGCUCUCGUUUUUAUCGAUGUAUAUAGCAGCGAACUUGCAUAUUUUCCGUCACAUAAAAAGUUUUGUACAUUGCGAAAUUAUUAUUUACAUUUAAACAUAAGUAUAAUAUUUAAUAAAAAUUUUUUAUUU